GCGGCCCCGGGAGACAUGUACCUGCUGGACGGCAGCGGCGAGCACGCGUCGCCGCCCGCGGACGCGAUGCCGCGCGGGACGCCCCCCAGGAAGACUGUCUACCGCAUCUCGGUGACCAUGGUCAGAAAGGAGCAGCUCCCGGAGCCGGGCUCCGGUGGCCCCGGCCCGCGUCUGGCACCGCGACCCCGGCCCGCGCGUUCCCCGGACGCACCCGGGCGGCUCGUGGAAGAGGCCGAGGAGGCUGCGGGCACUGAGGACCUGGAGGGGCUCCAGUCGCGCGCCUGGGACUUCCGUACCUUCCGCACCCGCAGCACUGGGCAGCUGGAGCUCGGGAGGCUCCGGCCAUGCUCAAGCGGCCCCGAGUCUGCGGCCCUGGCGGGCAGUCCCCAGGCCGUGGAGGGGUCCGGCUCUCCAGAGCCCUGCAGCCCCGAUAUGGAGGGGCCCCGGGCCGCGCCCCUGCGGCGUAGUCUCAGCUUCAGGGACUGGAGCGGGUCUGAGGCACCUCGGAGCCCGGCCCUGAGCAGCGGGAGGCGCCACAGCAGCUCCGGAAGCCUCGCAUGGCCGCUGGGCGACGAGGCCGAGGCUGGCCUUGAGGCCGCCCUGGAACCCGCCGCCGCUGCACAGCCAGCCUCGGAGAAACGCAAUACCCUGGAUGUUGGCGAGGUGCUCAGCAAGAACGAUGCGCUCUCCGACCUGGAGCGCUGGGAGCGCAGUAAGAGCAAGAACCGCACGCUGGACAACAGCGACCUGCAGCGGCUGGAGCGCGCGCGGGCCGCGGCUGCGGGGCCCGGAGCAGCCUCUGAGCACCGACUACUGCGUUUCUUCAGUGGCAUCUUCGCGCGUCGAGACGGCGGCCCUGGCAGCGGGCCCUCCCCUCGAAGCGGUGCCUCGCGAUCGCGUGGCUACUUCAGCAGCCUGCGGCGAGCCCCAGCGGAUGCACACUCUUCCAGUGCAGAGAGCAUCGAUGGCUCCCCGCGUAGAGAUGCCUUCGUGAACAGCCAGGAGUGGACGUUGAGUCGAUCGGUGCCAGAGCUCAAAGUGGGAAUCGUGGGGAACUUGGCCAGCGGCAAGUCCGCCCUCGUGCACCGGUACCUGACCGGCACAUACGUCCAGGAGGAGUCUCCGGAAGAUAUGGAUGCAGGUGGCAGGUUCAAGAAAGAGAUUGUCGUUGAUGGACAAAGCUAUCUGCUGCUGAUUAGAGAUGAAGGGGGCCCCCCAGAGGCGCAGUUCGCUAUGUGGGUGGACGCUGUCAUAUUUGUCUUCAGCCUGGAGGACGAGAUCAGUUUCCAGACCGUGUACCACUACUACAGCCGGAUGGCCAACUACCGCAACACCAGCGAGGUGCCGCUCGUGCUGGUGGGGACCCAGGAUGCCAUAAGUUCCACGAACCCGCGGGUCAUCGAUGACGCCAGAGCGCGGAAGCUCUCCAACGACCUCAAGAGGUGCACAUACUACGAGACGUGUGCCACCUACGGGCUCAACGUGGAGCGGGUCUUUCAGGACGUUGCCCAGAAGAUUGUUGCCACAAGGAAGAAGCAGCAGCUGUCCAUCGGCCCCUGCAAGUCCCUGCCCAACUCUCCCAGCCACUCCUCCGUCUGUUCUGCACAGGUGUCUGCCGUGCACAUCAGCCAGACAAGUAAUGGCGGCGGGAGCCUAAGUGACUACUCCUCCUCUGUCCCAUCGACCCCAAGCACCAGCCAGAAGGAGCUGCGGAUUGAUGUGCCUCCCACUGCCAACACCCCCACGCCUGUGCGGAAGCAGUCCAAGCGCCGGUCCAACCUCUUCACCUCUCGGAAAGGGAGCGACCCAGACAAAGAGAAGAAAGGCUUGGAGAGCCGCGCCGACAGCAUCGGGAGCGGCCGAGCCAUCCCAAUUAAACAGGGCAUGCUCUUAAAGCGAAGUGGCAAGUCACUGAACAAGGAGUGGAAGAAGAAAUACGUCACCCUGUGUGACAACGGCGUGCUGACCUAUCAUCCAAGUCUGCAUGAUUACAUGCAGAAUGUUCACGGUAAAGAGAUUGACCUUCUGAGAACCACUGUGAAAGUCCCAGGGAAGAGGCCACCCCGAGCCACGUCGGCCUGUGCGCCCAUCUCCAGCCCCAAAACCAAUGGCCUGUCCAAGGACAUGAGCAGUUUGCACAUCUCACCAAAUUCAGGGAAUGUCACUAGUGCGUCUGGGUCUCAGAUGGCAAGCGGCGUCAGCCUGGUCUCCUUCAACAGCCGACCCGACGGCAUGCACCAGCGCUCCUACUCAGUCUCCAGUGCCGACCAGUGGAGUGAGGCUACGGUCAUUGCAAACUCGGCCAUCAGCAGUGACACAGGACUGGGUGACUCCGUGUGCUCCAGCCCCAGUAUCUCCAGCUCCACCAGCCCCAAGCUCGACCCGCCCCCCUCCCCCCACGCCAACAGAAAGAAGCACCGAAGGAAGAAAAGUACCAGCAACUUCAAAGCCGAUGGGCUCUCUGGCACUGCUGAAGCCAAACGCAAAGCGUGGAAACUAAACCGUGUUGGUAGCCUGCGAAAUAUAUACAGCAGCAGCAGCGCCAACACCGAAGAACAAGAAGAAAACUUUGAGUUUAUCAUUGUGUCCCUCACUGGCCAGACCUGGCACUUUGAAGCCACCACAUAUGAAGAACGAGAUGCGUGGGUCCAAGCCAUCGAGAGCCAGAUCCUAGCCAGCCUACAGUCCUGCGAGAGCAGCAAGAAUAAGUCCCGACUGACCAGCCAGAGUGAGGCCAUGGCCCUGCAGUCCAUCCGAAACAUCCGCGGGAACUCCCACUGCGUGGACUGCGACACCCAGAAUCCCAACUGGGCCAGUCUGAACUUGGGAGCCCUCAUGUGCAUCGAGUGCUCUGGCAUCCACCGCAAUCUGGGCACCCACCUCUCCCGGGUCCGGUCUCUGGACCUCGACGACUGGCCCAUUGAGCUCAUCAAGGUGAUGUCGUCCAUCGGGAACGAGCUGGCCAACAGCGUCUGGGAAGAGAGCAGCCAGGGGCGGACGAAGCCCUCCUUGGACUCCACGAGGGAGGAGAAGGAACGGUGGAUCCGGGCCAAAUAUGAGCAGAAACUCUUCCUGGCCCCACUGCCCUGUACUGAGCUGCCCCUGGGCCAGCACCUGCUGCGAGCCACCGCAGAUGAGGACCUGAGGACAGUCAUCCUGCUGCUGGCCCACGGCUCCCGGGAGGAGGUGAACGAGACCUGCGGGGAGGGAGACGGCCGCACGGCGCUGCACCUGGCCUGCCGCAAGGGCAACGUGGUGCUGGCACAGCUGCUCAUCUGGUACGGGGUGGACGUCAUGGCCCGCGACGCCCACGGGAACACGGCGCUGGCCUACGCCCGGCAGGCCUCCAGCCAGGAGUGCACCGAGGUGCUGCUGCAGUACGGCUGCCCCGACGAGCGCUUCGUGCUCAUGGCCACCCCCAACCUGUCGCGGAAGAACAAUAACCGGAACAACAGCGGCGGGAGGGUGCCCAGCAUCAUCUGAGAGCGGCGCCCCUGCCCACCACGCCGGGGACCCCGCCUCGCCGUCCACUCUCGGAAGUCACAGCUCGUGAGUCCUGUCACGUCCCCCUCCCUCUUCCUGGUGGCCACCUCCCGCCCAACCACCCACUCACCCCCAGAAACCUCCCAACCCGGACAUCCUCGAGGGUGGAAGAAGAGGCCAGGAGGCUGCAGAGGCGGUUCCUUUCGACGGACUCCCGACGCAGCACGGGGGAGACCACGCCCCGGGUCCUUGACGAUAGCACACGGCGUGGGACCCCUGCCCCGGUGGCCCCUGGACAGAGCAGGGCACGAGGGACGAGGGCCAGGAGCGGGUGGGAGGUGAGGAGCGAGGAGCAGGGGCACCUCCCCUACUGGCAGUUAAGCACAUGAGUCCAUUUCACCUCCACCCAACGGAGCGCCCGGAUCUCAUCUCUUCUCCGAGGAGCUUGACGGCAUAAAUCAGGAGCCAGCCCAGAGUUUGUCAGGUCUGAAGCCCCUAUGAUGGUAUGUGUCAAAUCAGUUGUAGCUAAUCUGUCCAGGGAGAAUACUGGCUUCAUUACGCUUGUAUAGUUGAGUUCUUCCAGCAUUACCGCUGUUUAAUAGGACAUGAUUACUCAUCACUGAGGAGAGAGCACAUUAGCCGAGGAGGUAGUCACGGGCACGCUCCGGUGAUUGCCGCGAUGUGAUUGCAAUACUCUGAGAAGCAUCGUAUUAUCCCAGGCAUGUUCUUUCGAGCCCUCGGAGCCCUCCUUUCUAAAUUCACUGUCAUAAUUUAGUAUCUGUUUAAUUUUUCAGUCCAAAGAGAGGAAAUCAGUUGCUGAGUAUUAUUUGACUGCAGUCUCCUUGGUGCAAAAACAAAAUGGAAAAAAUAAAUAAGAAUAACUUGGAAAUUCAAAGGGAAACGGUGAAUCUAGCUGACAGCAGCUUCUUGAGUGCAUUUGGUAAACUAAGUAAAUACAUAAAAGGCUAUUUUUUUUUUUCUUUCCUGAAAGUGAGAGAGAUUUUCUGUCCUUUGGCCAAGGUGGAUGUGCCGGGCCUCAGUCACUCCCAGGCCGCACGGCCUGCCUUACCCAGGCUUCUGUCCUAGGUCCUUAGGUAAGAUGUGUGAAAAUCUAUUUGAAUAAAAGAAGUUCAUAAAUAUGCAUUGAUUUUUGUACAGACAAAUGGCACCUCUGUUAAUUUAUAAAUUGAACUGGAUGUGAACUAAUAAUGUGCAACUAGUUGAGAUAAGAGGGUUACAGAUCAUUGUACAUGGAAAAUAUUCCCAGCAGUAAACACUUCCAUUAAUGUGAUAUACAGCCUUUAAAAAGGAACAGAUCAAAAUAAGAUGGUGGUACAAUUUGCUUAUUAAAAUCGAGAAAGGGAAGAAAAAAGACACUGGAUCGUCUCGUAUUAGGAAGGGGGUGAAGGAGCAUGACUUCUUCUUUGAAGGUGUGUUGUAGAUCUGAGACCACUCUUGCCUACCCAGAACAAAGAGCUCUGGCAGGACAGAGGGAUUUUCUGAACCCCAGACCCUGCUCUGUGUCAAAGGCGCCUGGGGAGCAGCUGCCCAUGGUGCCAGCCCCACCUGGGUCCAGAGAACCCCGGGCAGCAUGGCACCAGGCCCUCCCCACUUUACUAGUUUGCCAUCAUGGGGUCAUCUGGGGCUUCAGACUCAGGUCCCCUUCAACGCGGUGGUCAAGGGCAGAAAAGCAAACCACGAUGCACCUUACAUUACGAAAGGGGCAGCUUUACCCAGAGCCCUGUGGCCACGUGGCCCGGAAGGAGGUCGUCACAUGGAAACACGGGGCGCUGGGCUGACGUAGCACAGGAACAUGAACCCUCUUGGCUCAGCAGCCACUGGAGAAGUCCCUUGCUCUCAUAUAUUAAACCUUAUAUUUUGUAAGAGUUUUUCCUCUUCUUUCACUUUUUAAAAAAAAAAAUUAAAGUAGGUGGGGGAAAAUAAAGCUUUACACAGAAUUUAUAUGUGGGUAAGUGUUUCACGGAGAUUUCUAAUGUUAAUUAAGCUCAGAGGAACUGACCGGUAUCCAGAACUAUCACAGGUGCAGCAAGCCACAGUUCCGAGAACCUCGACCGUGGUUCUAUAAUCCCUCCAUUUGGCUUCUAAUUCUGUGUUUCAUCACUGUGUAGUUAUUUUAAAUGUGAAUAGAGAAAAAAAUGUCAUUGCCUAUUUUUGAAGAAUACAUUAUUAGCAUCCAGUCCCGCUAUACACAUUUGCCUCUAUACACCGUAGACCUUCUGUAGAGAACACAGAUAGAAUAUAAAUGAAAUUCUUAAAUUAUUUCAUUGUAGUUAAUUCCCACUCUAGGAAUGCUUUAUCAUAGUGGAGCCUUCUUUUGAAAAGAAACGGAAUUCCCUGUAAGGCUUCUCUUGGGAUGUAUAUGAGUGUGUACAUACUAUAUGUGUUUAAUAAUAUAAUAUUUUCCCAAAUGACUUCUUGUCUCACUUCACCUUCCACAGCCUGAGUGCUGGACCCAUUCCCUCCCACCCUCCUGCCCCUCCCUGCCAUUUGUGGCCACGUUGCCCUGGCCCAAGGCUGCCCACUUUCUGGAUCCCACAUUUUGGCAACAGAUGGAAAAGGAGCAGUGGGGUUUUGAGGAUUUCCUGUCAAAUAAAGGGGAGUGGUGGCUAAUGUGUUGACGUGCCUGUGUCAGGUUCUGGUCCUUUCUUGGCCGACAGUGUUCCUGCUCCCAUUUGAAAGCUUACUAACGCUGGGUCUGGACGAAGCAGGGGCCAGGAGCCAGUGUUAGAAAUGAACAGUAUGGAAAGGGGGUUGGAACUUCCUGUCUACCAUUCCACCCUCUAAAGAGAGGGUGACAUGAGUAGCCACCACUGCAGAGUCCACAUGACCUUUCUGUUCGAGUAGAAACUCCCGAGGUGAGAGCCAGCUGGGGGUGCCCAGGAGCAGCCCAUGGCGUGGGGAUCUGGACAGCACCUGGGCAGUGCUGCAGCUUGGCUUUGCGGUCACUGACCUGUGAAGUGUGAGGCACAGACCUGGCAGGGUUUCUUCAGCAGCCAGGGGUCCCUGCAGGGGAAGGGGCUACGAUUCUGACCAGGAUGAACAGACCUCAGGUGCUGGGGGGAGAGGAGAGGAGGGCACCCCAGUAACGGCCCCAGGAGAUGAGCAGCUCAAGAGGGAGGAAGAGAUUCAUGAGUCUUUGCUCUCUAAACUGGUGCACGUCCUAUCUCCUAGUAAGGACACGCAGUGUUCACGUAGCCCGGAAAGGUAGAAGAGAGUGAGCUCUUUUUUCCAGGGCUGGGGGUGGAAUCCAAGACCAUGCACAUGGUGCACCCACUGAGCUACACCCCCAGCUAGAGUCACUCUUGCCUGUAGUGCCUACCUGAGCACAUUCUCUGCAGGCCAGUCUGGCCUAACGGCCUCUUGCAGCUCAAGUACAGGUCCACGCACGAGAGCUCCCUUUGCCACGAUUUCUCCCAGCCUGAUGAGGUCGAUUAGAGGCGUCCUCUGCCUUGCGGUGUGGACACCAGGCUUGCCACCCUGUGACAUCUACACCAAGCUGUAACUUCAUUGGAAGAAUGUGGUCUGCUGAGAAAGAGCUUUGGUCGACAGACGAGUCGCCCUGGCCCUGCCUUCUCCCCAGAGGAUGCAGGCAGCCUUAGGCAGCCACCAGCCCUCGGGCUCGACCCUCACCUGUGGACCUGGCAGGGUGCAGAGAGGUUUCCACCUAGCCUGGGGGACGCCAGCUCACACCUGGCAGGGAUGAAGCCCAGGGAUCGGGAGCGUUUGUUAGGAACAGAAAUGAAGUCAGCACACACCUGGACACCCAGCCCCAGCUGGCACUGUGUCCUCACACCCCUUGUCCUGGGAGGUGGCAGUGGCGCAGGAGAGAGGAACUGGGCCUGCGUGCAGGGGACAGUGCACUCAGCCCCCACUUGUCAGAACGUUGCUCAUUUUCUUGGUGGUCAUCUCCAGAGGAGGGGGCCGAGCCUUGCCCCAUGCCAUUACUUAUGCUGCCCCAGGUCAAGGCCACCCUUCUCCCUCCUGUGCCCUUCUGGUGGCAUUGGCUGGUCCCCACCUUGGUGCCCUUUUCUUCUCCUCAAGGAUCAGUGCUUCCUGGAGGCACCUUGCGCUGGCUGAGCGUGGCCUUAGGCUCUGCCACCCUGUCCCCACCAGGCAAGCUUGUGAGAUGGAUUGGAGGGCAAGUGUCCAGCUCACUGAGGCACCCACCUUCCCCGCCAAGGCCCAGGCCAACAUGGUGUCUGAAUUUGGUGAAAGGGGACCUGCGCAGCCCCCUGCCUGAGCUGUGUCCUAGGUGCCAGGGCCCUUACUCUUCCUCCCGGCAUUUAGAGUGUUCUGGGAAGAAACCGGAGCGGGCAGUCUGCACCCCUGCCUGGGCGAGUCCAUCCUGGCCUCAGUGGGGCUUCUCCCCAGCAGAGGUGUGACAGGCCGAUCCCUGGCCUCCUCCUGGCUUCCCCACCCAUCUGCUCUGCUCUCAUCCCUCUCCCUGACAAGGUCACUGAGACUCUUCUAGAACUCCCCUGAGUUGUAUUUAUGGCCUCCAAGCAAACAGAUUGAAAAGCAGUCAGGAAGGAAUUCGAAUAGAAAUGUGCUGGAGACGCGUCUUUCCUUCAAAGGGAACAGGAUUUAUCUCCAGCGGCCUCCUGGGACUCGGGUUGCUCACGUCCUGAAGUACAUCUGAGGGGAUUGCCACCCCUCCUCCCUCACCAGGAAGCUAAGCCAGGGCCCAGGCCUCAGGCAUCCUUCAAGCCCACCCCUCGGGUCCCUGAGCAGCCCACCAGGCCUGGCCUGUUGCCCAGGUGUGGUGCUGGCAGACGGCAGGGCAGGGGACUCCUGGACCCUGCUGCACCUCUGAUUGGCACUCUCUUCUGCUUGCGCCCUGCCUGGUGGGUCCUCGCCACUCAAGCAUCUAAAUUAGGUUGUUUUCAGCCCAAAUGUUAAAACUCCUUCCAGUUCUGCAGAGGAGGGAGGGGCCCAGCACCUUGGGGUAGAUGAGCUGCCAAGCAGCAGCCCUCAGACUCUCCAUCACUGCCAGGAGGUAACCCUGGACCCGAGACGUCCCUGACUGGAGAAACCAGGCAUCAGGGCCCAUGUCCUACCUCAUGGGGGAAAGAUGACAUUUAACAACUUAGACCUUAGUGUUUCAAACCAGAAGUACUCCUCCCCUUAGGAAAGCAACCCUGCCCCAAAUUUUUAAAAAAUAUUAACAGAUUCCCUACGUACAUUGUAAAUCUGCUGCUGUUUAAACGUGGGUCUGCAUCCUGUGUCGGGGUUGACAUUAGAGGUUAUUAUUCUCCAUGGAUUAUUCUGGAAAGGGAUUCUGUGAAACAAGUCUUUAUCUGAAGGGUUUUUAAGCUGGUUUAGGAGCAUUGGUGUCUCAGUGCAGUGACCUCCCACCUGCAACAGCACAGCAGGGGGACCUUGGGAAGCCUGCCCUCCCGUGUUCCAUCACCAGGUAUUUUUUGGUUUGGGGUUUGCCCCUGUCUGGGGGCCUCCUCCCACCCAGUGCCUGGGCCUAGGGGUGGGCACCCAGCACUCAGCUGCUGCAGGUCCACAGCAGGCGCCUCCCCACAUGAGAGCCCGGCUGGCUCAGGGCUGUUUGUCUGGGGGCCUGUUUGUGGGGUGCAGGUGGAAGAAGGACCAAGAGGUGGGAGACACAACGGGGAGAGCAGAGCCCUGAACACACCAGCAGCUGGCAGCAGCACCCGGGGCCCAUUAUACCCCGUCACCCAGUGUCGGGUGGCACCCGCACUAGCCCUGAAAGCAGCUGCUAGAGUCAACUGUAGAUCUCUUAGAAGACCUGUGCCCACCCAGGGCGCCCACUCAGAGUGGGCUCCAGGAAGCAGCCCCGGGCCUUCCCCCCACUGUGUAGUACCAGCUCAUGGAGGCCUUGGCAGGCCUCGUGCAGAGACACUGCCUGCUGCCCGCAGCCGAGGAGCCAGUGAAAAUGUCUGUGCCGCAUGCCAGGUCACCAGGGUCGGGAGCAGAGGGGACCAAGGGGCCGAGAGUGGGGGCCGGCCCAGGUAGCCAGCACUCAUGCCCUGCCCACCUCCCCCAGGGCCGCUGCGGCGUUCUCUCCAGGACCCUCAGGGGCACACGGGGAGCUGGAGCAGGUCCGGGCUGCCCCAGAUGGCCAGGAGGUGAUGUAGAAACUGCUCCAUAGUGUUGGCGGAAUGACCUUAAUGUGCGGAAGAGUCCCAAAGCACUGCCCCCUCGGCCAGGCCUGCCGAGGGGAGAGCCAAAGGCGGCCACAGCCGCCCCCGUGGACGGCCCCUCUGUCCCAGCGGCCUGCCUUGGUCCUCGUCUUGCGUGGGAGCCUGUUUCUGAAAGGGGGCUGGAACAGAUCAGAGGUGACACAGAGGCACAUUAUCUGGGGUGGACAGGGAAGGCCGCACCUUGGCCCACCUUGCAGCACGUUGCUGUCUCUGUAAAUAGCCAUGUACAGAAGAUGGAAGGGCAGCCGGGUCCACCCAGAGACAGGGGUCAUUUGGGCCGUUUUUAUAUUACCUCAUUCGGCAACCCCAUGUUUCACGAUGGCUCAAUGACGCUUUAUUUAUGUUGUUUGUACUGUAAUUAAAACCAUGGACAGACAGUUCACUCUGCUUGUUAUUUCAUAUGACCUCGUUUGGAUUAAAUAUGCCAGUUUGUAUUUUCCUGCCUUGGGAUAUUUUUUUGUGUGUGUCAGCUGUACAGUAUUCUAAGGGGAAAAGAAAUAGAAAGCUGUGUAAAGUCGCGGAGAGAGGUGGCUAUAGCGUAGAGGCCUCUUUCUAAUAAAGAAAUGAAAAUACAUCUA